CCCACAGCUGGCUGAGAGCUGGGGCGAAAGGAAACUGAGGCUCUCCCAGAGAGAAGUUGCUUCCUCCCAGACCUUCUACAUCUGCCAUCUCGCUGCUGCCGCUUCCCCACUCCCAAUUCUUAGCAGUAAAUAAGAAGAGAGGAUUCCCCGUCCUUCCCUCCCCCGUCCCUCCUGCCCCUCCCUGCCGCGCAAGAAAGCUUCGGGUGGCUAGGGCACGGGAGACUCCACACUCCACCCUAGUCGUUGGGGAAGUCCUAAGCGGGGGAGGAGCUGCAGAGCCGCUUCUUGGGAAAGUUGGCCUGGGAGCAGCUGCGCUCUCACUCAGUUGGGCUGGUGCUGCUAGGGAGCCCAGGCCUGGGCGGAUCUCCUUCCUAUUAUUUCGGGAGUCUGCUGAGUUAGAGAAGAGUAGUUCUAUUCUGGUCUGCAGAAUCCCACUCCAAGGGGGUAACCGACUAGCAGGAGUUUCUGAUUGGAAGUUCAGCUACAGAAGCGCUUUUGUCCUGACGGGACUUUUUCUCAAGUAACACAACUAGCCGGGCCAGCCAAACUCGCCGGCAGUCCCAGCAGGUGUCCCUAGAUCUUCCGCCAGACUCUCAACCAGGGGGCGGGAGGAGGGGGCGGGAUUGGCAACGAGCCCCGGUAGGUGCCUGCUGCCUGCAGGAGUUGCCUAGCCUCCUGGGACAGAACAGGACCGAACCGUGGCGUGAUGGAACCAGCCAGCCAGUUAGAGGAGAUCCAUCGGCUUCGUUCCCUCUUCUACGCUUGCGAUGCGAAUCGCUCUGGACGCAUCGAACGCGAAGAGUUCAGUGCCUUAUGUGCCGAGCUGAAGGUCCAGCCCGAAGAGGCCGAAGCGAUUUUUCAGCGCUUGGACGCUGACUGCGACGGGGCGAUUACCUUCCAGGAGUUCGCCAGGGGCUUCCAAGGGGCCAGCCGGCGGCGGCGGCGGCGGCAGAGCUGGGGCGAGCGGCCGCCGCAGCUGGAGCUGGCACAGGUUGCACCUGCGGUGGACACGGACAAGGAAGACGAGGAGGGAGAGGCAGCCGUUCUGACUGCUCCUUGGGGCAUGGAGAGCUUGGGCCAAGCGUGGCAAGAUUUCCAAGUCCGGCUCGGGGAGGAAGCCAAGUUCAUCCCUAGAAAAGAACAAGUUAGCAUUCUGUAUCAGAACAUCAACAUUUUGGAGCCGAGAUUAAUUCAACCCUAUGAACAUGUUAUCAAGAACUUUAUUCGAGAGAUCAGACUUCAGAGCACUGAGAUAGAAAACCUGGCUAUCGCAGUGAAAAGAGCCCAGGACAAAGCAGCCAUCCAGUUGAGUGAGCUAGAAGAAGAGAUGGACCAGAGGAUUCAAGCCACAGAACAUAAAACAAGGAAAGAUGAAAAACGAAAAGCUGAAGAGGCACUAAAUGAUCUCAAACGUCAGUAUGAAGCAGAAGUAGGAGAUCUUCAGGUGACCAUCAAAAAACUCAAAAAGCUCGAAGAACAAUCAAAGACCUUAAGUCAAAAAGAAGAUGUGGCUGCAUUAAAGAAAAGAAUUUAUGAUUUGUCAACAGAAAAUCAGAAAGUUAAAAAAGAUCUCUUAGAAGCACAAACAAAUAUAGCCUUUCUUCAGAGUGAAUUAGAUGCCUUGAAAAGUGACUAUGCUGAUCAAAGUCUGAAUUCAGAAAGGGACCUGGAAAUAAUCAGAGAAUAUACUGAAGAUAGAGAUUGCCUUGAGAGGCAAAUUGAAAUGCUUCAAACAGCCAACAGAAAACUACACGACAGUAAUGAUGGAUUAAGAAGUGCACUGGAAAACACCUUUAGUAAAUACAACAACAGAUCCUUGCGUAUCCAUAAUAUAUCACCAGGAAGCACACUUUCUAGAGGCAGUCUCAAAUUUAAUGGCAACCAUUCACCUCAGAAUUUGCGGUAUGACCGGUCAUCACGUUCUUCCUACGUGGAUGAGGAUUGUGAUUCAUUAGCGCUUUGCGAUCCAAUGCAAAGGAUAAGCUGUGAGGUUGAUAGCCUGCCUGAGAGCUGCUUUGACAGUGGUUUGUCGACUUUGAGAGAUGCUAAUGAAUAUGAUUUUGAGGUGGAAGACAAGCAUCAAAGGAGUUUUCAAAGGUCACAGUGCACACAGGAGAGCUUUGGGGGUGAUGCGUCUGAUACAGAUGUUCCAGAGAUACGAGAUGAAGAGGCUUAUGGUUCUGACAAUAACAGUACAAUACUAGAUUGGAAAUCCUCAGAAUCUGUUGCUGAAGGGAACUUUGGUACUUCUGUAAGAAAGCCCAUAUCAGCUCUCUCACCGCAGGCAAACUUGGCUGAUGACAGCCAUAAAUAUCCUAGCUCAGAAAAGGCAUAUAAAAUUGUUCUUGCUGGAGAUGCUGCUGUGGGGAAGUCUAGUUUUCUUAUGAGGCUUUGUAAGAAUGAAUUUCGAGGAAACACCGGGGCCACUCUAGGAGUUGAUUUUCAAAUGAAGACACUUAUUGUGGAUGGAGAACCUACAGUAUUACAGCUCUGGGAUACAGCUGGUCAAGAGAGAUUCCGAAGUAUAGCAAAAUCCUACUUUAGAAAAGCAGAUGGUGUGCUGCUGUUAUAUGAUGUGACCUGUGAGCAAAGUUUCCUAAAUGUACGAGAAUGGGUAGAUACUAUCCAGGAUGCAGCCCAUGAUACAAUUCCAAUUAUGAUGGUGGGAAAUAAGGCAGAUCUUUGGGAAACAGCUUUGGCCCAGGGACAGAAGUGUGUGCCAAAACAUUUUGGAGAAAAACUGGCCAUGACCUAUGGUGCCUUAUUCUGUGAAACAAGUGCUAAAGAAGGUUCCAAUGUUGUGGAAGCUGUUCUUCAUCUGGCACGGGAAGUGAGAAAAAGAGCUGAUGAUGAUGAUGACAGCAAAUCAGUUACCAACUUGAGUGGUCCAAGUGCAAAAAAGUCAACACAGAUGAAGAAUUGCUGUAAUGGUUAAAUCAGAAAAUUUUGGACCUAAGAAAUUUUAUUUUUCAACAUCAUUGUUAUCAUGAGCAAUGGCAUGGCAUAUAUAGCUGACAACUAGAAUAUAAUAUAGGUCCUAUACAGUGGUGUAUUUCAUCUCAUUGUGGAGCCUCUGCUCACUCUGCCCCUUUUUCUCAUGUGAUUAUGGGAAUUCAAAAAUUGAUUUCUAUUUACGUUUUUUUUGGCCAGCAGGCAUUCUGUAGUCAAGUUCUAAUACAAUUUUACUAGAUUAACUAUUUUUCAGAAAAGACUACGUAGCAUUACUCUCCUAUCAGAACUAGCAAAGAAAUUAUUUAAAUAUAUUUUUAAUAUAAAAAUUUUUUCCAUCACUUCCAACAAUAUUUUGGCAUAUUUAAAUAGCUGAAGUAGUGGAAAUAACCCUGGUCUGGGAAUCAGAUUUGUGAUCCUGCUACUACCUUUAAGACACUUAUCUGUUACUUAAUGUGUUGGUGCCUCAGUUUCCUCAUUUAGUAAAAAAGAAAUGACAGUGCUGGUCUAAAUUAUCUCCAACUCCAUAUACCUGUGAUGUCAUGAUUUGAAGUAAAGAAAGAUUUAUCAUACCUAUAUCCUUUAGAAAUAUUAUAGCUUCUAGUUAUAUUACAAAGGGUUCCAGCAACUCAUUAUUUUGAUAUAGCAAGAGUAUUAUUUUCUCACUGUUAAGAAUAAAGAGAAGUAUUUAUUAAAAGUUAAAAGUGAUUGAUAUAUCAGUCUCAGGCUAUGCUAUUAAUUGAAAUAUCAAUAUUUUUUUAAAAAGCAAUGGAUUUUUUUAAAAAGAGAAAACAUUUUUAUUCAUGUGAACUAUUUCUGUAGAGGAAGAAAAAUACCUUACUAUAUUAGAAAAUACUAUGUAUAGUAAGUAAAAUCAUAAAUUUUUAAUGGGAAAUAUUUCAAAUAGCAAACUUCUAAAAAAAGUGUGAUUUUCUGGACAUGUCACUCUGCACUUUAAAAAUUGAAAGUGUUAUAGAAAAAAAAACUGUGUUGGUAGAUUGAACUUAUACUUAGCUUAUUAGAAACUUUCAAUAGUUUCAUAAAAAUCCCUCAUGAAAAUUUAAAUACCCCAAUUUUAGUAUUAUUUAUAUUCAUCAUAUUAGAUACAAUAGAUAUUUAAAGAUAUUAUCUAAAUUUUUUCAGGGUUUUAAAAUUGGUUCAUAACAGUAUGUCUUAUUUUAAAAUAUAGAGAGGUGGCUAAAAAUCCUUUUGUCAUUAUGAGUAUAUAUGAAUUGUAAUAAUUCUCAUUUCCACUCUAGAAAACCAUAAGAGCACAUGUCCUUUCUUUAGAAAUGAAUAUAGCUUUCGGGUUUUUUGGGUUUUUUUUGAUGUUUAUGAGAGGAAAUAGGACAACUCUCAAUAUGUGAACCAUGGUGUGGUGGAGAAAACACAUCCAAUCUUAUGGUAAAUAUGGUUGAAUAAGGUGAUUUUAGGAUUUUCUUUACAAUUGAUUUGAAAAAUCCUUACAUUUAUAGGACUCAUCUAUCUAUAGAGUUCAACUUGGAUAUUAAAAAAGGGAAACUAGAUCUUCAUCUGUUAUUUAUUAUAUAGAGCUGAAUUUACUUAUUUAUAGAAAGAUCUUGACUUAAGUAGAGUCAAGGCUUGUGGAGAAAAUUAAAAAGAAAACUGUUAUCAUUAACAAGAAAUUUGGUAUAUUAACUAAGAGAUAAUAAUAAGCUCUGAUUUAACUCUGAUGCAGUAUAAGAUUAUUUUUUAUUUUUAAUUUUAAUGUGCUGUUAUGGAUUUAGUUCUUAAGAAAUGAGUCUACUUUUGAAAAUGGUGCAUCAGCAUAAGAGCAAAUUUUUGGUCAAAUAAGAUGUCUUAUCUGUGUCAUAUUGUCUUUAAUUUAUGUAUAAAUGUCUUAGUUUUUUUGAUUUUAUUUUUCACUAGUCUAGACAAGCCAAGAUGUAGCUGCUAUUCUUUUGCCCUCCAAUGGUAUGACUUAUUUUUGACAAUGUUGAACUACUGAUGGAAUGCAGGUGAUGUAAAUAAAAUGACCUAAAAUUUUUGCAUAUCAUUGGGAUGUUCAUCAUCCCAAGCUGUGUGAUGUAAUACACCUUAUUUUAUAGCGCCUAUUUAUUUCCAAGGGAAUGUCUCUUCAUAUUUGUCUAAUAGUCUGUAAAUAAGAUUGUAUUUAUUAGAAAUAUUUACUCUCUUGUUUUUUUGUAAAGUCAUCUUACUCAUUCAUUAUUAGCAAAAGUAAAAUAUGGCCACAGGGCUAAAUGAACAACUUGAUUCAAAGAGGAGUUAGAUGAAAAAUUCUAAUAACAUGAUCGGAUUGUGAAACAACAUCUAGAAGUUAAUUCUGUUGAAAUAUGACAAAUCUACCAACAAUCCUGUUUCCACAAAUGUGGGGAUCAGUAUAAGGAUGUAGAUUUGACCAGAAGUAAAUGAACUUAAGUUGUUUUUACACCUAAUGACAUAUUUGUUCAAGGCUUUAAAUAUAAGACAUAAAGUUGCACUUAAUAAACUUAUCCUUAUCUCUUUAGUUCUUUUUGCAAAUACAUACCUGAAUGUGUAUACUUCACAUCAAUGUUAUACUAUAUCCUUUUUUAAAAUCAUGAAUCCUGGCAUUUGAAUAGGAAAAUGCCUUAUAAGGAGUCAUUUUUCCAUCAUUUUUACUUUAUUUUUUCACAAAAUGCAUUUUUCUUCUCAUUUAAUACUUAAUGUGAUUUGUAUCAACCCAAUUCCCAGCCUUACUUUUGCAAAUAAAGUUUAAAAUAAAAGACUUAUUUUCAUAUUUGUACAGUGAUCAGCUUUAGUAAUGACUAUAUUUUAUAUAUGAGUGUACAUAUGUAUGUAACAAAUAUCUUAUGUCUAUAUGAAGUAAGUCUCAGAGUGUGGAGUAAUAAUUUUAUGUUUCUGGUUUCUGUGGUUUAUAUUUUUAAGGUGUGGAUUGACCUUCCUUCAUUUUUACUUUUCCUCAAACAUUCAUAAUUAUGCCAUAAAGUAUACUUUUAUAUCAUUUCUUAUCUCUGUGGAGCCACAGAUGUGUUGUAUAUAUUUCAAAUUUAAUAAAAUGUGCUUUAAUUAGCUUUUUGGAAUAUUCUCUUCUGCUUUGCCCCCCUGGUUGUA